UUCUGUCCUGGUGUAGCUGUCAGAACAUAAUGGCUGCAUUUAAAGGGAUCUGGACCAAGGGCUUCUGGAGGGCUGUAUCUGGAGAAUACCUGGCCACUCUCAUCUUUGUUCUUCUCAGUCUGGGCUCCACCAUCAACUGGGCUGCAGAGGAGGAGAAGCCUCCCCCAGCUGACCUAGUCCUUAUCUCCCUUUGCUUUGGCCUGAGCAUUGCCACUAUGGUGCAGUGUUUUGGACACAUCAGUGGUGGACACAUUAACCCUGCUGUCACUGUAGCUAUGGUUGUAACUAGAAAAUUAAGCCUGGCUAAGGCAAUGUUCUACGUAUUGGCUCAGUGCCUGGGAGCUAUUACAGGAGCUGGAAUCCUCUACCUAGUAACGCCUGCUGCUGUAAGAGGGUCACUUGGUGUGACCACGGUGAACUCCAACAUAACAGUAGGACAUGCCCUCCUUGUGGAGCUGCUUAUAACAUUUGAACUGGUCUUCACUGUGUUUGCCACCUGUGAUCCCAAACGAACAGACCUAGGUGGCUCUGCUGGCCUGGCCAUCGGAUUUGCUGUAGCCAUUGGCCAUUUAUUUGCGGUGUACUGGAUUGGACCCAUUCUGGGGGGAAUCCUUGCUGCUGGUCUGUAUGAGUACCUGUAUUGCCCUGACCCUCAGUUAAAGAAUAGGCUAAGCCAGGUUUUUCAUAAGGAUGCAUCAGGGAAAUACAAGGAGGUGGAGUCAGAGGACAUCGCCAUCAAGCCAGGUUCCAUCCACACUAUCGAUCUUGAGAAACCGGAGAAAAAAGAUCCUUUCCAGGACCAGACAGAAGUGCUGUCCUCUGUAUGACUAUCACGUGCACUGGAAAUGGAGACCAAUCUGUAGAGCAGAAUGACAAUAAAACUGGAGUAUCCAUCUUGAAACUGUCCCCCUUCAAAUACUUCAUCCUCAAAGCAGAAUAUGAUUUCUGUCCACGAGGCUUUACAGCAGGGCUGAAUUACUCUCAUUGUCAUAAAACUAAUAUGGCAUUGUGGCAAUAUCCACAGCCUAUCAAUACUUUUCCUAAGGCUCUGAAUGAUUUUACAGCAGUGUUGACAUGCGGCGCACAUUGCACACUGCAAAUGACAGCCUGCAAUACAUUGAGUUAAGGAACUAUGUGUAGGGUCAACCAAUUAUGCAGGGUCAUCACGCUGAAUUGGAGAAUCGUGGAGGAAAAUGCAGCCUUGUUAUUUUUGGAUUAGUGUCACAUUUGGUCCAUGUGCUGUAUAUGUAAUAACAGGCAAGAUUCUCCUUGGGAUCAUGAAGCACAUUACAGGUCCCAAGCUAUGUAAGACAGCUCUGACAAGCUUUAUCAGGGGUGUAUUAUGCUGCUCUCUAUUUUCAGUGCAUCAGUCAGGGAAACAACCAAUUUAUUUCUAUGGAAACACUAUGUAUCCAUAAAAAUCAAUUUAAUUGUUGUGUUUAUGAUGUCUUUAAUUAUAUGAUUUUAUUUUUUGUAUUGACAAUAGUGUGUUUUUUCUUUUCUAGAGGUAGAUUUGAUUCUUGUUUCAUUUUGUUACUUAUGGUAAUUUCAUUCUUCAAUAUUUAAUUUAUUGCUAAAGAAAAAUGAAAAAAGAAAAAAAAAGAUGGCUGAUCUACCUUGAUGACUUUUAUAUUCAAAUAUUGAUCACCUCCUCUCUUGGGCUCAACAAUGUGACAUUAUAGACUGAUAGAGUGAUAUCAUCACAAACUGGAGUGGUGCAAUGUGUAUCCCAGUAAGAAUAUUACGUUGCAAUAAUAAAGGGUUUUUUCCAA